UUUUCGAAAUUUGCCUCGAACGGUCGUGUUCUGUCUCUACACUCUCCUAGCUCUCUCCCGUGAAAGUCGUAAAGUGGAGAGCCAAGUUAAAAGUACAGAAAAAAAUACACAAAAUUAGUUCGUCUGCGGUAGAAAACCAAUUGAAACUGCAAUUGCAAUGCAUAAGAUACGUACGUGAAUUUCGCGCAGUGUUUCUGUGAAAGUUCAAGUGAAAGCUGAAAGUAGAAACAAAGCGAGAAUACUUGCAAACAAACCAAAAAAAAAAAAAAAGAUACAAAGAUACAAAAAGUGUGAGAAAAGAAAAUCAGAAAAAUCAGAAACCAUGGCCAUUUUAUGUCAGCCAAUCAGUUUGACCCUUCAGCUUGCCCCCAUAGUGCCACGCCCACCGCCCAGUGCCUCGGAAAAGAAACGAAUCCGCCGGAAUCUGUUUGGUAGCACCCCCGGGGACCCGGAAAUCGACCAGCUGUUGGCCCAAACGCAAUGCGCGGACCGAAUGUGCGUCAAGGAGCGCUACGGCUUCGAUAUCCUCCUGGUGGAGCAGCGCGAACGGGCGCAGGACGAUGCCUUAAGGGGCAUGAGAUACCCGACCAGCCGGGCGACACCAAGUGCCGAUGCCGAUGACGAGUGCAAUCCGAAGGCCAGCCAAGUGGCGCGGGGCGUGGCCCUCACCGCCCCCGAGAUCUCCGCCAGCGCUCAGCUGAUCCUCCAGAAAUGCACACACAACAACAAAGGCAGCGACAACAGUGCGGAUUUGGCCAACAGCACGAGACAUGGCCAAAAGCCAUAUGCGUUUCAGCCACUAGUCAAAAGCACUUACCGCGUUCGCAAGGCCAUCAACAAGGGGAUAUUGAAACACGGCAAGAAUAGUUACAUCAGCAACAACAACAACAACAAUAACAAUAAUGUGGAUAAUGGUACUAGCGAAUUGGAAGAUAAGGAGCAGUAAUUCUGGAGAAGGACAACGGCGAAUGGCCCCUUGGCGGAGCAACAAUUGCAAUAUAUGAUAUUUAUUGUAAACGUAAUUUUAAUUUCUAAAAUAAUUUGUUUAUUUUUUUGUGUACCCCCCCAAAUGCAAAGAAACUUUUGUGUAUGGAUUGUACGUUUGUUUUAAAAAAGACUUGACGGUCCCAAAAAUUGUUGUUGCUUGCAAAUGAAAAUGAAAAUGAGAAAGCGAAGAAAAAAAAAAAGAAGCCAACCAGAAACAACAACAAAAUAACAACCAGAAAAGAUCGGCGCGCGUGCACGGCCAAAAACAGGCAAAAAACAAUAAUUAUAAUACAUCCGGAUGCAUGGCGAUAUCGAUAUAAUUAUGGAAAUUAUUAAGUUAAAGAUAUGUGUAUGCUAAAUAUUUAUGUGUAAAAAGAAAAUUAUUUGUACAUUGGCAAUACGUAAAUUGUACGCGAAAAAGCGACAGACUUAAAUUGUUAGGAGCAGAUUUACGAUGUAGAUUAAAAUGUAAUUAGGCAAUGCUAAUUUUAGACAAGCGAUCGGCGCCGUGCAUCCAUUAUAUAGACUCUUACCCCCAAUCCAAACCAAUUCAAGCGUUCUCAGCGUGUUUUCGGUGCCUGAUGCACGCGUGUGCCAAAAGUAUUUACAAUUUACUUUGUGUCAUGAUCUCAAUCAUUAAAAACAAUUUUAUUAUUUUGUUUAUCUAAAUGUAAUUAUAAUUGAAAUUAUUUAAAAAUUCUUCUUAGCCCACCCCACACAAAAACACACACUCACCCACACACUUUUACACGCACUCACACUCUAAACUCAUAUUUAUUGUAUGUACAUUAUCGAUGUGACAUUUUAAAUUGUAUGUACUGUCUUAUAUAAUAUUUCGUAUAUUUGGCCAAAUUAUUUCCCCCCUCGAAGACCCCUUUAACUUUAAAAAACUAUUUUGAACAACCAAACUGUGUAUAUUGUAUGGAGCAGUACCAAACUCCAAGCAGCUAAAUGAAAAUGAAAAACCACAAAAACAACUACAACAAAUACUGUGUAUAUUUCCUUAAAACUUUGUAAUACUUAUGCAAACAUGAUGAAAAAAAAAGAACUUUUUUACUGUAACUCUCCAGCGAGAGGAGAAGCGGAAAAAAAAACAAAAACUAAAAAAAAACUCUUAAAAAUACAAAUGUAAAACAAAAAACA